AUGAGGCUUUCCGCUACGCCGAUUCUGGUCCUCGCGACCCCAGUUGCUGCACUGCAGAGUGUGCAGUACGGAGCUUUUCUUCCGACCGCGACUUAUUCGGUUGCGAAUCAGCUUGGAUUCUUCACAGCCAAUGGUCUCAACGUCACCUUCAAUCAGGUCGCUAGCAGCACGGAUGCUUUCACCUCGAUCCUGAACGGGCAAUACGACAUCCUUACUGCCACCGUCGACAAUGCCUUGAACUAUCGGUUCAACCAAAAUCAAAGCAUCACGGUCCUUGGACAACUGGACCAGGGCCCAGACCUUGUGAUCGCUUCGGUACCAUCCAUAACAAACCUAACUCAGCUCAGGGGCAAGUCCAUCAUCGUCGAUUCACCAUUGAGUGGAUAUUCGUUCCUGUUGCAAUAUGUCUUGGCGAAGGCUGGCAUGACGCUUGCCAACGGGGACUUCACAUUCACAACCGUCGGCGGCACCAGCACCCGGUACGCUGACCUGCUCAAUGGCACCCUACCCGAUGGCAGCCCAGUGUACGCAACCAUCUUGAACUACCCAUUCACAGUCGAGAGUCAGGCCCUGCCCGCAGGACAAGCACCGAAUAUUCUGGCGCGCGUUUCAGACUACAUCGCCCCCAUCACCUCCUCCGCCUUCACGAUCCGGGAGUCGUCCCUCUCCGACAAGGCCAAGUCCGCCCUCCUGCAGCGUUUCAUCGCCUCCAUGUACGCCGCCAACAGGUUCCUCGUCAACCCCGCCAACGCGAGGUGCUCCGUCAAGGCCAUCGCCAACCAGCUCGGCGUCGGCUUGGAUGUCGCCUGGAAGGAGUACGUGUCGGUGACGAACCCGGUGUCGGGUGAAGUCUCGCCCGGGGGCAACUUCACUUUUAACGAGGAGGGUCUCCUCAACGACGUUAUGGUUCGAUCGACCUUUGGGGGCUUCAGCAGCGUGCCGGCUGGUUUCGACUUUACUCAGGCCUUGCAGCCUGGGAAAGGGAAGCUGAUUGAUUACUCGAUACGGGAUGCUGCCGUGGACAUCUGCCGCAGAGACAAGGUGGAGUUCUUUCGCAGGUGUUAA